AUUUUUUAAUUGGAUUAUUAAACUACGACGGAUUAUUUUAGGAUUGUUAUUUUAACUGUAUUUAAAUGUAUUUUGCCGUUUCUUAUUGAAAUUGUACUUGUUCAAUAAAUAAAUUAAAUAAAUAAAAACUUCCUGUCGAGCGCAAAGGAUGAUGGGAAAUAAAGUGGACGUUUUUAAAGCCGAUCGUGCAAUAACAAUCUGCGGGUCACUGCUCUGUCAUGGCCCCUUCACUGAGUUCCUCGGCGGUGUCACCUGUCAGACUCUGGGUGUACCUGAGCUCGAGAGCAAGCGGUCGUUUGAGUCAAAGUGAAGGUGCAGCUGCAGCUCUAUGCAGCAGACACACGAGCUCUCCCCGGGGGUUCUGCUCCCGCGGCGGCCCGGCCGAGGAGCGGCUGACCCUGCAGGCCGUCGCCACGAGCAUCGCGGAGCGGCGGUACCAGCGGGUGGUGGUGAUGGCCGGAGCCGGGAUCAGCACGCCGAGCGGCGUCCCGGACUUCCGGUCUCCAGGCAGCGGUCUCUAUGACAACCUGCAGCAGUACCGCCUGCCCUACGCCGAGGCCAUCUUCGAGCUCGGCUUCUUCCGCCGGGACCCCCGGCCCUUCUUCGCCCUGGCCAAGGAGCUCUACCCGGGGCGUUACCGGCCCAACGCGACGCACUACUUUGUGCGGCUGCUCCAGCGGAAGGGUCAGCUCCUGCGGAUGUACACGCAGAACAUCGACGGGCUGGAGAGAGUGGCGGGGAUUCCCCCGGAGAUGUUGGUGGAGGCUCACGGGACAUUUGCCACGGCCACCUGCACCGCCUGCAAGAGGGAGUACGAGGGGGAGGAGCUACGGGCCGACGUGCUGAGGGGGGCGGUGCCGACGUGCCCCGCCUGUCACGGCGUGGUGAAGCCGGACAUCGUGUUCUUCGGGGAGGAGCUUCCACGCCGCUUCUUCAAGCACCACGAGGACUUCCCCCGGGCCGACCUGCUCGUCGUCAUGGGAACGUCACUGGAGGUGGAGCCCUUCGCCGGUCUGGCCGGAGCCGUGAGCCGCGGCGUGCCGCGCCUGCUCAUCAACCGGGAGCCGGUGGGUCCGUUCGCCGGGCGCCGCCGGCCCCGCGACGUGCUGCAGCUGGGCGACGUGGUCGCUGGGGUGCGAGCCCUGGUCGACGCCCUGGGCUGGACCCAGGAGCUGGACGCCCUGAUGGUGUGUGUGUGUGUGCGUCUUUGUGUGUUUGCGUGUGUGUGGGGGUUUGGUGAUGAAUUCUUGUUAUUUUUUGCUCUUUUUUGUAUCUGCAGGCUGCAACCGAGACAGAAGAGUGACAUCUAUACGUAGUUUCUGAUAAAUAUAUAUAUAUAUAUAUUGUUUUAUUUUUAUACCAGCAAAAAACGCAGGUGAGUGACACAGUGAAAAGCAACCAGGUGUAUCUGGAGCAGCUGAUUGACCUUGUUGACCUCACAAUAAUAAAGAUGUGCCAUAUUCAGUUUUUCUUAUUUAUUUCUAACUUCAUGAAAUGUGACAAGUCUGCUAACGGUCCUAUUUUGUAAAAAUAAAUGUUUGUUGUUAUUUUUAUUUAUUAUAAAGCAGAUCUAAAUGCUAUAUAUAUAUAGUUUUUUUUACAUCAAAGCAUGAAUAUAUGUUCCAUUAGGAAACCCAAAAUACUUGCAUGAACCUGAAGAUGAGCUCAGUCUAACAAAACCUUUUCAUGAGGUGAUACUCUUUCCCACCAGCAGAGGGCGCCAGAGGGCCGUGAUUAAGAGUGUUGCUGUUACUUGAGGCUGUUCUCAUAAAAAGUGAAUCUCUAAUAUGUUUUUACAAUGUCUUUUAUUAAAACCAAUUCAACUUUUGAGUUUGCAUAAUAAGUUGUUUUCCUCUCACUUAAAAAAUAAAGCAAAGUCAUACUUA